UCCAUCUGGUGGGCCAGCUUGGUGCUUCACCAAAUUCCUGAUGGUAUACAGCCGGAACAGAAGCUGGUUCGAGUUAGACUCCAUCUUAGGCUGGUAGCUGGAAUCUCCACCAGGAAGAUUUUACAGAUGGACACUGAAUGUUUAACUUUACGAGAUCUCAAGAGUGUAACGUCAAGAACGAGUAUCACAGACAUGGAUGACGAGGAGGGAAAUGUUGAGCAGAAGGAGAACAUCUUCACAGACCGCAGGAAAGCGACCCCACACAAGAGUGACCUAGGCUCUGCAGGACUGGGCAGCAAGAAGGGGUUCACCCCGGAACAGAUCAACGUCACCCCCAUAAAGCCCCUGGAGCGGGCCCUCCCUGAACCCUGGACCCCCACCACUAACCUGAAGGUGCUCAUCAGCGCCAUUAGCCCCGACAUCCGGGACCGGGAGAUGAAGAAGAUUCUGUUUCGGCCCAUCGAGAACGGGUGUGAGGAGACAACGACGCUGGAAGACCCGGGACAGUUUGACGCACCGGAUGAUGGCGUGGACGAGUUUGAGAAACCGCCCAGCAGGAAGCAGAAGAGCCUGGGUCUCCUGUGCGAGAGGUUCCUCUCGCUCUACCCCGAUUACCCAGCAUCCUCCGAGAUGACCAGCAUCUCUCUGGACGAGGUGGCCUCCAGCUUGGGCGUGGAGCGGAGGAGGAUCUACGACAUCGUGAACGUGCUGGAGUCCCUGAUGCUGGUGAGCCGCGUGGCGAAGAACCACUACCUGUGGCACGGGCGGAGGGAGCUGCGCCAGACCCUGAGUGGGCUGCAGGACCUGGGCAAGCAGCAGGGCUACCACCUGCAGAUCCAGCAGCUCCGCCACUGCACACACCGGCCGUCUGCUCAGCCCACCGAGCAGAGUGCAGACCCCGACACAGCCUCCGGCGCAGCCAAUCGGCGGAAGGAGAAGUCCCUGCGGAUCAUGAGCCAGAAGUUUGUCAUGCUGUUCCUGGUGUCAGAGACGCUGACCGUCACCCUCGACAUUGCUGCCAAAAUCCUGAUCGAGGAGAGCCAGGACUCCGCCAGCCACAGCAAGUACAAAACUAAGGUCCGGCGUCUGUACGACAUCGCUAACGUGCUAACGAGCCUGGGGCUCAUUCAGAAAGUCCACGUGAAAGAGGAGCGCGGGAGGAAGCCCGCCUUCAAGUGGAUCGGGCCUGCCGAGUUCCACUCCGCCGAAGGUCUGGAGGCCGUUGCCGUGGUUUCACACGCGGAAUCGCAGGUGGCCAUUUCCUGUGGCGGGAGGCAGAGGCUGGCGCGACACGCCUCCUUCAACAUGGCGCCCACCUCCGUCAUCGCCCAGCGCCAAGUCAGCUCCGCCCCCAGCAGCCCGCGCAGGGACAGGACAGGUAAAAUCUCCGAGCCGGUGGAUUAUUCUAGAAGGACUGGGAGCAGCAGUGCAGUGUGCCGUCUGCAGUUUGGAGACAACCUCGGGAGUGGGGGGCCAAGGAGCCUCACCCCAAAGACGGCCCCAGUGACCCCUGGCCCAGUCCUCCCCCCUAUGGCCAUACCCAUCCAUCAAGACAUUCUCUACGGGCUCCGCCCCGAAACGCUGCUACCUCGCCUCUACACCACCGCACCCCAAGCCUUUAGCCCCGCCCCUUCUCCAAUGGCCUCCAACCCGCCGCAAGACGACCGGGAGCCCCGCCCCCAGCACCCCCCGCUGUACCUCCAAAACCUGCCCCAGGCCUCCGUGGUCCUGCUGUGCGGGAGUGCGGCGCUGGGCCAGGGUCAAAGGUCACCCACGUCCAGGGAAGGGGUGCUGGGAAAGAGGAAGAUGGUGGAGGAGGAAGGACGAGAGGUUAAAAGGGACAGGCAGGGGCUGAUGAAAGAGGAGACUUCUAAGAAGAGAGAUGACACAGACGGCGAGUCUGAGAGUUCCCUGAAGACAUGCAGCCCGCGAACGUCCCCCGGCCACGCCCCCCAGCAUCCGGCAACGCAGCGUCAGGAAGAGGCCCCGCCUAGAGACGUCGCCCCUCCAUCCCACUACCUCUAUGUGCCAAACUCUGCAGGCAUGAAUGGUUUGAACUUCCUGCUGUCCCCCGGUUCGGCCCCCGGCGGUCUGGCUCUGUCCCAGGGGGGCAUGUCUGCCCUCGCCCUGCCCUACGUCCUGGUGCCCACCUCGGCCCUCUCCGCCUACCCCCUCGUGGGCCGCGGCGUGCCGGGGCCGUGUGCCGACGCCCAGGGCGGCAUCAGCUUCGGCGUGCCGACCAUGGUGUCCCCCGCGCAGUUCGUGGUGGGGGGCGGCUCCUUCGCCGUGGCGGGGGCUCCUGGGUUCCCCCCUCCAGAGCACACCCCUCAAACACACUCCCCCAGGGAGCCCAGGCAAACUCCAGCACUACCCAGAAUGGAUCCUCAGACACCACUCACCCCGAAGGAAUUCGGCGUCCCGACCUCCCAGGCUUUCUUCCAAACCCCUGGGACCGAGGAUACCACCAACCCCCCCACCGCCCGCCGGAGGGGCUCCGCCCAGAGGAGGCUGGACGUCGGACACCCCCCGGCCGAUUAG